AUGGAUUCAUUUUUCUCCAAUAAAAAUACAGAAUUGCAUUUCUCAAAUGAGGACAUCCCAACUUUACAUUAUACGAAGCGAACUAGUCAUAAAGAUCAGGUAAUAGGUAAUACUAUAGUGAAGAAGAGAUAUGAAAAUAAUACGUACAUCGAUUGGAUACUGGAAACUUUCAAUGUGCCAAAAGGAUCUAAAUUUAUUACACAUAAGUGGACAGCAAUUGUUUUGCUGUCUAUCGUAGUCGGUUAUGUCACUUCCUUCAUCGAUCUUGUUUCUGUUUGGUUAAAUGAUGUUAAAAAGGGUUUAUGUUUUAGUAAAUUAAACAAGUGGUCACUUUUAGACCCUUAUCUGACAUGCCCUGUCGAAGGAUGGUACAAUUGGUCCGAAAUUCUAAUAGGUAAGAAGGGAAUCUUUUCUAAUAUUUUCAUUAACUUUCCCGUUUAUCUUUUGUUUGCCCUUCUUUGCAUUCUAGUCGCUGCAUUCAUAACAAUCAAAAAAGAACCGCUUGUCAAGCAGUCAGGGAUACCUGAAAUCAAGCUAAUUGUUUCUGGUUUGAAUUAUAAUAUUUCCGAAUAUUUGGGCGUAAGAACAUUGUUGUAUAAAAUUAUAGGGUUGAUAGUAGUUGUGAGUUCUGGAGUUUGGUUAGGAAAGGAAGGACCUUUUGUACACGUUUCUUGUUGUAUUCAAAACAUCGUUUACUUCGUAAUUUUGGGUAAGACAUAUGAUAAUGAAGCUGUGCGAAGAGAGUUACUUAGUGCUGCGGUAGCAACUGGAAUAUCGGUAGCAUUCAACUCUCCAAUAGGAGGAGUCUUAUUUGUUCUAGAGAGCAUUCCAAGUUUUUAUGUUCCCACCAGAACAAUGUGGAAUGCUUUUUUUAGUGCGACAAUAGCUGUCGUAGUUGUCAAUGGGUUCAAGAUUUUCACUGAAGGACAAGAUUUUUCAGAACAGGAUCUCUUUCUGGUUCUGUUCGGAAACUUUAGUUGGUUAUUCAUGGAAGUGAUACCAUUUAUUGUAAUGGGUGCUGUUGGGGGGCUCUAUGGGUUUUUGUUUAUCUCCCUCAAUUCAAUGAUAUCAACAAAAAAUAUAAGGUUUAAAAUUCAAAGAUCACUCUGUAACUUUUUUAAGGUUUCAGCUAAUUCGGGUGCCUUUUUGGAAAUCAUUUUGAUGGUAAUCGUGACCACAAUACUUAAUUUCCCGAUUGAAAUAUCAAAAUUACCCCUAGCUGCUUAUUUGAAAAUAUUGUUCACCGACUGUUCAAACGAUAACACGGACUCUAAUUCCAUAAAUUUUAUGUGCCAUAGUUCUGACAUAGUUAAGUUCUGGAAGCUUUCUUAUAUUUUGGUCCAAGGGUUCUUCCUUGCUUCCUAUACUUUUGGAACCGAUCUACCAGGGGGUAUAUUGAUGCCAACCUUAGUGUUAGGUGCAACUUUUGGCCGAUUGGUCGGUAUUACAUCUCAAGCAUUCCAAAAAAAAUUCAACUGGGACUCGCUUGCCACUUGCACUUCCAAAACGUGUUUGGUUUCACCUUCUUCGUAUGCUGUUGUGUCUGCUGCUGCAUUCAUGACCGGAAUCACAAAGCUUACUAUGUGUGUCGUAGUAAUUAUGUUUGAAUUAACUGGAGCAGUCACUUAUGUUCUUCCUAUUAUGAUUUCGGUAAUGACUCUGAAGAUUUUGAGUGACUGGCUUUGCAGUGAUAACAUUUAUGAUACAUGGUUGAAAACUACUUUUAAUUUGUAUCGUGACGGCAGAGGCGAUUUCAAUGAAGGAAAGGGUAAUGGACUCGUAGAAUUUACCGAAUUAGUGACUUCUGUGAAGCAAAAACUUCCAGAUAUGAUUGCGAAAUCGAUCAUGGUACCAGUUUCACGAACUAAAUGUCUUUCAUUGAUGCCUGCUGAACCAUACACCGCUUCGUCCUUAAUUCUUUUAGCAAACGAAGAUAAUCAUGAGGGAUAUCCAAUAAUACUGAGUGAUCUGGAUCCUGUCUAUUUAGGCUACACCUCCAAGAUGGAGUUAUUGAAUAAACUCUCUAUUGUUGAGGACUCCAAUGCGAUAAUAAGCUUUCAAAUAGAAAACUUGCCAACUACUAUAUUAUCACAGCAACUUCAUUAUGAGCAAUCUUAUGCUUCUUCGCUGCUUUUGCAAUUGGACUUGAUGACAGAAGAUUCAGCAAUAAUACUCAACGAAUUGACUCCAAUUGUAGAAGUUUUGGAAAUCUUCGAGAAACUUAAUUUGAAUUAUAUUACUAUAAGAGCAAGUGCUACUAAGAAGAAUCAAAUGAUGGUUGGAUUUGUGGAUAGAUUUAUCCUUUCCAGGUUGAUUGAUUCUGAAUUUGCUAUACUCGAAAAUACGGGCGAUUCACACACAAUGGGCGAGCUUAAUGAACAGAGUUCAGAGAGCGACACUCUUUUCGAUAAUAGACAGGUGAGAUCUAGUGUAGAACUUAUCACUUAA